GCAACCAAGAUGGCUGUCUUAAAUGUCUUCCAUUUUGGCGCAUUUUUUUCCUGCAUCUCCAUAGCCAUGGCAGCUGCUUGCACACCCUAUUGCAGCUGCUGGCAAAACAGCGAAGCCGAUUCGGUCAGUGCUCUGUGCAAGUUUCCAAAUUCUACGACAUUCCAAAAGGAUAUUUCGGAACUUCCAGCAAACCUCUCUGAACUCCAUUUGGUGGGAUCACUGGGAAACAUCACAGAGGGAAUGUUUUCAAACUUAACCUUUUCAAAUGGGCUGACCAAGAUGUUUUGGUGGUUGACACAGAUCGAGUCAGUGGAGGCAGGUUCUUUUAAAGGACUUUCAAAUCUUACGACCUUGUCAUUCGCGGGAACGUCCUUGACCACGAUUCCAACUGGAUUACUAGAUGGCGUAGCAAAACUUCAAGAACUGCAUUUCAAUCAGCACCAAAAUGUGACCAGUGUACCGAGCGGGGUGUUUAGCGCCGGCGCAUGCGUAGAAAGUAUCGAAUUCACCAACAACGCCAUAGAAACAUUAGCAGACGAAACAUUCAAAAACGCGAGUAGUUGUUUAGUGACCUUGAACUUAGAAAACAACAAGAUUAAGGAAAUUUCGAAUGCCACUUUUACUGAGCUGCUAAAGCUGGAAACAUUGUCGUUGUCUUCUAACAAAAACAUGAACAUUUCCUCUGCAGGCUUUGGGAGUUUAUCUCGACUUAAGUCUCUCAAGCUUGACUCAGUAUUCGGAUCGGAUACGCUCCCAACUGACGUUUUUCGUGGAUUGGACAAACUGCGCAGCCUCUCUAUUCAAGAUGGCGGACUUAAAACAUUCACACCGGAGGACUUUCAACCAAUUGCAAAGCUUGAAAAAAUCGACUUGUCUGGUAAUAGGAUAGAAACCUUUCCUGGAACUGCUCUUGCCAAUUUAACGUCUUUGAAGGAACUCCGCUUGGUCAGUAACUCAGCCGGAACUGGUGCAGGAAUGGUUAUCACCCUAGGUGCAUUCAGCCCAUUCUCAGAGCUGACUACACUCGAUAUGAACGGUACGAGGAUCGCCCAACCUGACGGAGGCGUCUUCAAAGGAUUGACCAGCUUGACCACACUCAACCUUGACCAGUCUAGCCUCGAGGUCAUCACCCCGGGAAUGUUCUCGGGCCUGCAAAACCUGAGUUCGCUUUCUUUGGACUCGAACAAACUGAUCACACUUCCCAAUGACUUAUUCAAGGGCUUGACAUCACUGAAUAUGCUUUCGCUCGCCCACAAUAGGAUAAGCCGUAUCGAGGAUAACGCAUUCGCUGGACUCGGCAACCUCAACGCUUUGAGGCUAGAUUACAACUCUCUGACCACUCUCGCUGUUGCCUGUUUGAAACCUGUGGCUGCCACCGAGGUCUUCCUACACGAUAACCCAUGGGACUGCACAUGCGACCUUGACCCCUUGAGAACAUGGAUCAAAGAGAACCAUAACUUCACUGCUGACGUCAGAUGCGUGACCCCUAGCGGUCUCAAGGGCAAGUUUUUAGUAAAACUCACACAUGAAGAGGUGUGCAGUGAGCCUUCUGAGUAUGUGGAUGUUGGGCUGUAUGUCGGGAUUGCCUUUGUUGUUCUGUUUCUGAUUCUGGUCGUUACAGGUGCAAUUAUCUACUUUUAUCAGAAGAGGAAACAGGGGACCAACAGCAGGGAGCGCCUCACCUAAGUACAGUUCGCGUCAUAAUUCGCAUGUCUUGUCAUUGUGUGGAGGUUUUUAUACACCAUUGCCAAACUAAAGGAGGAAAUUACUAUAUAUAGAGUUUUGAUUAAUUGAAUGACACGAUCGGAUAACCUCUUUUUUUGCAUCAUGAGGUCGUUAAAACGAUAACAGUAAAACUAUUGGUACAUUGUAUUUGUAUUUCUGUCAUAUCUGUGCUAAUUUGUCCACCUGCUGUUUGUAAAGCUUCGAUGAAUGAAAAUGUUGAUUGGUCGACCUGCUGUUUGUAAAGCUUCGAUGAAUGAAAAUGUUGAUUUGUCGACCGUUUGCUUGUAAAGCUUCGAUGAAUGAAAAAGUUGAUUGGUCGACCUGCUGUUUGUAAAGCUUCGAUGAAUGAAAAUGUUGAUUUGUCGACCGUUUGCUUGUAAAGCUUCGAUGAAUGAAAAAGUUGAUUGGUCGACCUGCUGUUUGUAAAGCUUCGAUGAAUGAAAAUGUUGAUUUGUCGACCGUUUGCUUGUAAAGCUUUGAUGAAUGAAAAAGUUGAUUGGACGACCUUACCUGCUGUUUGUAAAGAUUUGGUAAAUAAAUAUUGGUUGAUAAACCUACUGUUUAGAAUUUGCUGAAAUUUGCUAACCAAUGCUCCUUGAGAAGUGAACAGUGACAAGUAACAAAUAUGAACCCAAUGUAAGCCCGGCCUAGAACACCCGCAAAAAGUUUUCUUUUUAACUUUAUCUAAUUCAUAGUAUCUGUAGUCUCUUCAAU